CUCUCGGCUUCUUGGCGGUAGCUGUCUCUUCGGUCUUUUACUUAAUUUCCAGGACUUGAAUUUACCGCCAUGUCCUCUGAAGAAGGGAAGCUCUUCGUGGGAGGGCUCAACUUCAACACUGAUGAGCAGGCUCUGGAAGACCACUUCAGCAGCUUCGGACCUAUUUCUGAGGUGGUUGUUGUCAAGGACCGGGACACUCAGCGAUCCCGGGGUUUUGGCUUCAUCACCUUCACCAAUCCAGAGCAUGCCUCAGAUGCCAUGAGAGCCAUGAAUGGAGAGUCUCUGGACGGUCAUCAGAUCCGUGUAGACCACGCAGGCAAGUCGGCCCGGGGAACAAGAGGGGGUGCCUUUGGGGCCUAUGGGUGUGGUCGCAGCUACUCUAGAGGUGGUGGGGACCAGGGCUAUGGAAGUGGCAGGUAUGACAGCCGACCUGGAGGAUAUGGAUAUGGAUAUGGAAGAUCCAGAGACUAUGGCGGCAGAAGCCAGGGUGGUUAUGACCGCUACUCAGGAGGAAAUUACAGGGAUAAUUAUGACAACUGAGAUGAGGCAUGCACACCUAACGUAGAUACACAAGGAAUAAAACUUCUUCUGAUCCAGGACCAUCCCUCCAAAUGGCUGUAUUUAUAAAGAUUUUUGGAGCUGCAUUGAAACAUCUGUUUUAGUUACAUCAACCUUUUUUUUUUGAGUAGAGCUCCCAAGGUAGCUUGUUAAAGACCUUUCAGAAAGUUCCAUGUGUUUUUUUUUUUUUAAUUUUUCUCCCAUUUAAAGACAAAUUCUGAGACAUUUGUGGAGUCUGGAUAUUUUUUCCUUUUUUACCAGUUUUUUAGUUAGGGCUCUCAG